AUGUCGGACAGCGAUACGGAUCCCGAGGAGGAGCUCUUCCAUAUGGCCGCUGAGCAUGUGGCCAGACAAACGGCCCAUAUUGGCUCCGCCGAUCUGCUGCUGUUCUAUGGAUACUACAAGCAGGCCAUAGACGGUCCCUGCGAGGGGCCAAGUCCCGGGCUGCUCCAAUUGAAGGCCAAGAGUAAGUGGCAGGCAUGGCGCAAUCUCGGCAAGAUGUCCCCCUCCGCCGCAAGGCAAGCCUACGUCCAGAAACUCGAUGAACUGCAACCAAAUUGGCGUUCUCGGCGUAAUCCCGGCUGGGUGGUGCACUCCAUUGAAUCCGCCCCAUUGGAAGAUCAGCGAUUGGACAGUGAAAAGACUCUGUUCGAUCAUGUGAAGGAGAACAAUCUGGACAGGCUUAGGGAACUGCUGUCGGCGGGAGAUCUUGCGGAGCUGGAUGAGCACGGCAUGGCCCUCAUCCAUUGGGCCACCGAUCGCAAUGCCGUCGAAAUCAUUCAGUUUCUGGUGAGGAGUGGCGCCAGCGUGGAUCAGCGGGAUGCGGAGCAGCAGACGCCGUUGCACUACGCCGCCAGUUGUGGACACUUGGAGGCGCUACGUUGCCUGCUGGAGCUGCGGGCCAACCUCGAGCUGCGCGAUUCGGAUGGACAGACAUGUUACGAAGUGGCCGACGAUGAACAGAUCUGCCAGGUGCUCCAAGACGAAAGAGACCGCCUCGCUGGAUCCGCUUCCUAAUCCUAAACGCCUUUUAAUCUUAAGUUGUUAGGUGCUCGUUUGCUUUGAAACCCUAUAAUGCGUUGUGAACCAUUGUAAAUCACCUAUAAUUCGUCAGUAAUCUUGAUAAGAAAUCAUUGCUGUUCUUUUCACGAGGGGUUUCAUAUCCAUAUCUACGCUUUUUUUACAUUUUAAGUUGUUAAGUUCUCCGUGGAACCCUAAUAAACAUACAUCACAAAAUGUAA